UUCCCUUGCAUUGCAGACUAAUUUAUUACAAACGAGUUGAGGUAGUGAAGGUUGAAGAUUGGCUUUAUCCGCCACUCACACCGAAAUGCACCAUGGAUUGUGCUGGGCAUCUGUCGCCACACUUGCACUCUACAUUCAGCAGCUCUUUGGACUGUGGGACGAAAGCGGAAAACUCUCAGGAAACCCGCACGGUCACAAGAAGGACACACGGACUCCUUACGGAUAAUGUCGUGGUCACGGCUCUGUAAGAGGCCGGUAACUAAUGGGCCUGGCUUCCACGCUGGGGACUCGCAUUCAUGAACUUCAGAUCUGAACGCUAUUCGCUUACUUUCAUGGUUUUCUCGAUCUGUUCCUUUGUUUUGUGGCUGCCUAUGUAGGGAGAUGAACCUCAAGUUUAUGUAUAGUAUACAUAAUAAAUGAACUUUGAAUUCUUCCACAACUGAUUAUAAAGUAUCGGAAUAAAGCGUCCUCUUCUCACUGCCUCCAUCAAGAAGGAGGUGCAGGAGCCUGAAGACACACGCCCCUGACACACUCUGCCAUCUGAUUUCCCAUGACACGCCCUCAGUAUUUUUGGAUCUAAUUUUGCACGAAUACGUAAAUAUAUUUGCUAUAUUUUAUUCCGGUGGCAUAAUGGUCAGCGCCACACUAUCACAGCUCGAAGAAUCGGAGUUCUGAGUUCAAUUCAGGAAUUUGAAAAAAGCGACGCAGCAGACGGUAACAGGGACUGUCAGUCUCCCCUUUUGCUGUGAAAUGGGUGGUAUCUCUCUGUCCCUUGUUAGAGAGAGGGAGGGGGAGACUGUGGCAUGUCGAGCUCCGGUGAACAGUGUGAGCACAGUGCCGCAGCCCAGCCUGCCACAGAACCAGAGAUUGUCGUGCUGGAAUCGAGUCCUGGCGUAAAAGGAAAUAUAGGGAUCGGUGAAGCUACUGAGCUGGCCUCCAGGAGACUAGGCCAGGUGGCGAACCUUGCGGCCAGUACCAACGGCUCGAUGGGAAACAUCGGCUCACAGCAUAGCAGAGAGGUGCCUCACUCUGGGGCUGGCCAGGAGGCAGCUGCAGAGGCUCCUGAGGCAGAAGCUGCUGUGGGCUCAGCCAUCCUUGACGAUGAGCUGGGAAGCAGAGAGGGACCAUGCACGCCUGCUGAGGUCUGCUUGGGUUUGGAGACCAAGUCAUUGGACACAGGGACCUCAACUCAGCCUCUCCCUAAAGGACAUGCAGCCAAGACCAUCUCUGCCUCCCCAACCAAGGUUCCAGUGACCAAUCGUGCCAAGAUGACGCUAUCUGGGGUUAGCCGGUCUCCCAACUCCAUGCAGAGUCUGGCUAUGAACCUGCUUAGUGCGCCAAGUGGUCGAGCGGGGGAUGAGGUUGUUCCAGCACCACUUCCGGCUCCUGCUCCAUCCCCAACACCGGGUUCAGCUCCAGUUCCAGUACCAGCUUCCUUCUCAACUCUGGCACCAGCUCAGACCCAGGAAGAGAAGCCCAGGGUGCACAAGGCGCGGAAGUCAAUCUCCAGGCCCGGCGCCACUCAGAGGGCACCAGCAGAGACGGGGAGCCUACCUUCCGAGUGUGUGAGCCAGAUGCCUGGGGGCAUGGCAGAUGUGGAGUAUGUGGCCCAGCCUCCAGAGGAGAAUCAGGAGGGCCACAGAGCAAGGAAGUCGAUACUGAAAGGCAGCUUCAGUCAGAGCUUGGUGGAGAGGUUGGGGACUCUGUCCACGGAGCGGAUGAGCCAGCCAUCUGUGGGACCAGCGGAGGCAGUGCACGCAGCCCUGUCUCAGGACGAGAUCCCAGAGAUCCACAGAGCCAGGAAGUCGAUACUGAAAGGUGGCGUCAGUCAGGCAUUAGCCAUGAAGAUGGCCAGCCAGCCUCUCAGUGAUGUUUCUGAGGAGAUGGAGACCAGCGUUCCAAGUCCUGCGGAAUAUCUGGAAGUUCACAGGGCCAGGAAGUCACAUCUUGCGGGAAGCAUCAGCCAGAGUCUGGCCAGGAGCUUGCCGGGUGAGAGCACCAGCCAGGGCAGCGGCGAAGUCUCCACGGUGUUGGCGGAGAGGCAGGACGCUGCCCAGGCACCAGCGGAGAAACCAAAACUUCACCGAGCCCGGAAGUCCAUGUUCAAGUCCUGCCCUGCCCAGGUACGCCAUGAGGAGUGUAGGGAGAUGCUCAUCUUGUCACACAGUGGAAACGUGGGAAUGGUGAAACUUGUGGAAGUGAAGGACUCAGAUCACAGCAGUCCUGUACAACAAAGCACUCAGCUGGAGUUUGAGCUGCUGCCUAGCGGAGGGGCUGUCGAAGGUACCCCAGGUGUGCAGACAGGACUCAUCAAGAGGCAGAAACCGGAGAGAUUGGGGCCAGAGUCCAUGAAGGGAAACAGUCUCCUGAAGGAAGAAAUGGCCAAGGAGAUCACUUCACUGGGAUCCAUCCGGGGAGGUCAUGGAGCAAGGGUUGACGGUAGCCCAGUGGCCGGUGCUGUGGCUCUGGGUUUGGGCGAUGCGCUGAAUAGGGUCCAACCGCAGGAGGUGAAGGGAGUCACGAGUGGGGCCAGUUCCAUUCCAAUGCUGGACCUCUCCAAGGACGGGGAGACUGAGGACAAGGGAGGGGCUGUGGAACCCAUGGAUGACUGGGACGCAGAGGUCGGCGAUGACUUCAGUCUCUUUUAUGACAGCUACUCUGUGGAUGGGAGAGCGGACUCAGACAAAUCCAGCAAGACCGAGGGCGACGUAGGAGAGGACCGACUUAGUGAUGUGGAGGACGACGAGGAGGAACUGGAAGGUUCUGGAAACCUUUCUGACAGGAGCUCCAGCUCCAGUCUGAAGAGAAAGGGGAAGAAAAAGUGGAGGAGUGAGAGCCCUUGGGUGAAACCCAGCCGGAAACGCAGGCGCAAAGACCGCGUGAAGCCAGGGAAAGGAGGAGCAAUGAAUUCAACGGGAGGAGGUAACCAGGCACAGAGCGAGUACACAGAGGUCCCUCUGGGCUCCUUGGAUCUUCCCAAUGACAGCAGCCUUUCUCCACAACCCACAGGAAUAUCCAAUGACGCCAGCUCAAUGGAGACAGAUAAGUUUGAGGAGCUACCCCUUUGCAGCUGCCGGAUGGAGGCACCCAAGAUCGACCGCAUAACCGAGCUCUCCAACAACACCUGCAUGGCCACAGAGAGCACAGACGGGCAGCUGAGUGGCUGCAGUAACAGUAUCACCAAGUGUGAGACGAUGCGUCCCUCCAGCCGAGUGCCCCUGAUGGUACUGUGUGAGGUGCACCGAGCUCGCAUGGUCAAACACCACUGCUGUCCAGGCUGCGGCUACUUCUGUACCACGGGAUCCUUCCUGGAGUGCCACCCUGACUUCCGGAUCACCCACCGCUUCCACAAGAACUGCGUAUCCCAGCUCAACGGCAUGAUCUUCUGUCCGCACUGUGGCGAGGAUGCCUCUGAGGCCCAGGAGAUCACCGUGGCCAAAGCUGACACCUCCACCAUGGUUCCUGCACCCGCCCCCCGCAGCCAGGACCAUCUGAUGAAUGGCAGAGCAGACACCACACACGCCAGCGCCAGGAUGAGUGGGAAUGGAGAGGCAAAGAGGUCGAGCCUGGAGCCCCCAGUGGACAGCAUCGAUAGCUCAGGACCAUCCAUCACCCUGUCCUCCGGCAAAGUGUUGUCGGCCGUUGGACUCCCUCCUGGACCUGGCCGCGAAGCGCUGGAGAAAGGACUGGCCUUGCAGCAGUCGGAAAGGCGUAAGAAGCUGCGAUUUCACCCUCGCCAGUUAUACCUGUCGGCCAAGCAAGGCGAGCUGCAGAAGGUGCUGCUGAUGUUGAUCGACGACCAUGAUCCGAACUUCCAGAACGACCAGCACAGCCGGAGGAUGCCACUGCACGCAGCAGCUCAGAAAGGCUACCUAGAGAUCUGUCACAUCCUGCUGCAGGCUGGUGCGAUCGUUGACGUGUGUGACAAGCUUCAAAGGACACCGCUGAUGGAAGCCAUCAUGAACAACCAUUAUGAAGUUGUGAAGUUACUGGCCAAGCACGGGGCAAGCGUGUUUCACAAGGAAUUAGAUGCUUCCUCGUGCCUGCACCAUGCUGCCAAGAACGGGAGCAUACAGAUGGUGCAGUUCCUGCUGGCGACCGGGCAAGUGGACCUGAACACCCAGGAUAGUGGAGGAUGGACUCCAGUUAUUUGGGCAGCUGAGCACAAGCACAUCGAGAUCAUCAAGCUGUUACUGGAUCGAGGAGCAAGUGUCGCCUUGAAGGACAAUGAGGAAAAUAUCUGUUUGCACUGGGCAGCCUUUGCUGGUUCGUCGGACAUCGCUGAGGUGCUCCUGAAUGCUCGGUGUGACCUGCAGGCAGUGAACAUGCAUGGUGACACACCCUUGCACAUCGCGGCUCGUGAGAAUUUCUACGACUGUGUCAUACUCUUCCUUUCGCGCGGCGCGGACAUCGAGGUGAAGAACCGUGAGGGGGACAGCCCAUUGGACUGCUGUGUCAUCAACUCGCAGGUCUGGUUUGCCCUGCAGCUGAACAAGAGGCUCAAACAAGGCAUAAUUAAUCGAGCGGUGCGCACCGAGAGGAUCGUCAGCAGGGACAUUGCAAGAGGGUAUGAGAAUGUCCCAAUACCGUGUGUGAAUGCAGUGGAUGAGGAGAUGGCUCCAGAGGACUACAAGUAUAUCUCUGAAAAUUGUGAGACAUCCAUGAUGAAUAUCGACAGGAACAUUACACACCUUCAGCACUGCACCUGUUUGGACGACUGCUCCUCCAGUAACUGUCUCUGUGGACAGCUCAGUAUCCGCUGCUGGUAUGAUAAGGACGGACGGCUGUUGCAAGAAUUCAACAAGAUCGAACCUCCCCUGAUCUUCGAGUGCAAUCAGGCCUGCUCCUGUUGGAGGUCGUGCAAGAAUCGAGUGGUCCAGAGUGGGAUCAAGGUUCGCUUGCAGCUGUACAGGACCGAGAAGAUGGGCUGGGGUGUGCGCGCACUGCAGGACAUCCCCCAGGGGACGUUCAUCUGCGAGUACGUAGGCGAAAUCAUUUCGGACGCAGAGGCUGACGUGCGUGAGGAUGACUCCUACCUCUUUGACCUGGACAACAAGGAUGGGGAGGUGUAUUGCAUCGACGCCCGUUACUAUGGCAACGUCAGCCGAUUCAUCAACCACCUGUGUGAUCCGAACAUCAUUCCUGUCCGUGUAUUCAUGCUGCAUCAGGACCUGCGAUUUCCCAGGAUUGCGUUCUUUAGCAGCCGGGACAUUAGGACGGACGAAGAACUCGGGUUCGAUUACGGCGACCGGUUCUGGGACAUCAAGUGUAAAUACUUCACCUGUCAGUGCGGCUCCGAGAAGUGCAAGCACUCGGCUGAGGCCAUCGCCCUGGAACAGAAUCGGCUGGCCAGGCUCGAGGCCUACCAGGACACCAUGCCUGAGAGCAGCCUGACUAUGAUGGGGCCCUCGUGAGCCCCUUGCUCCAUCAGUCACCUCGUCUCUCCCGAACUAUGCAGCAUUAAGAGAACAUUCCUCCACCACCGCCCCCACCCCACUCCGUACCCUCUCGGAAACUCUGGGCCAUCGCGGAGGAGGCUGAUUAACUUGCCCAGGAGUUAAUACUAUGGGGUGCCACGGUAGUGUAGUGGUUAGUGCAAUGUUAGUACAACUUGGAAUUACGGAGUUCACAGUUCAAUUCCAGUGUCCUCUAUAAGCGAGUUUGUAUGUUCCUUCCCAUGUGUGCGUGUUUCCUCCCCCACUCCAAAGAUGUACCGGUUAGUCGGUGAAUUGGUCAUUGCAAAUUGCCCUGUAAUUAGGAUAGCUGGGCGGCGAGGCUCAAAGAGCCAGAAGAGUCUACUCCACACUGUAUCUCUAAAUAAAUAAAAAUGUUGGUGAAACAGGUCAUUCUGCAUCUCUGACCAAGACCCGAAUGAGUACUAGUGAAGGGUCUCAACCCAGAACUUCCACUCUUUAUUCUUUUCCAUGAAUGCUGCCUGACCUGCUGAGUUCCUCCAACAUUUUAUGUGCGUUGGCUCUGGUUGGGUGCUUUCCGAUACCUGUUGGCCCAGCUUGGCUCCGCCACUGAGGUGGGGAGAUUAGCCACCGACGUUAUAGCCCAUCAGUGCCAGAAUGUGACCAAUCUCCUUUGCCACGGGAAGUGUUGUCAUUCAGGAGAUCAUUAGAUUUGCUCUGUCUUAAACUAUCAAUUUUAAAUUUUGCAUUGUGCUGUAGAGACCAGUAUUUAAAGCCAGCCUGUGUGGACUGGAGUCAGGUUGUGGUGUAAAAGGAGGAAAGGUGGGGAAUGUUCUGGGUUCAUCCGUCUGAAAGAUAUAGUGGGCAAAGUGUCAAAGGAGCCUUAAGGACCUGUACAGAGGCACACAAGGGAACCCUGGAGGGGGAGAGUUUGGGGGAGCGUCCUUUAGUAUUCCCAGACUCCCUCUUCCUUAAGACCAUAAUUAGGCCAUUUGGCUAUGUAAUUCUAUCAUGGCUGAUUUAUUACCCCUCUCAACCCCCUUCUCCCACCUUCUCUCGGUUAUUUUGACUAAUCAAGAACUUAUUCACCUCCACUUUUAAAUGCACCCAAUAAUUUGGCCUCCACAGAUUCACCACCCUCUGGCUAAAGAAAUUCCUUCUCAUCUCUGUUCUAAAUGUACAUCCCUCUAUUCUGAGGCUGUGCCCUCUGGUCCUAGACUCUCCCACUAAAUGAAAAUCAUCUCCAUAUCCAAUGAGAUCUGCCUCAUUAUCCUAAAUUUCAAUGAGUACAGAUCUAGAGCAAUCUGAUGCUCCUCGGCAUUAACCCUUUCAUUCCUGGGAUCAUUGCCCGUAAACCUCCUCUAGAUAUGGGACCACUUGGAUCUGAUCUAUCUGGCCUUCUGUGUCCUUGGCCAACUUAGGAGCAUCACUGCCCAUUUCCCUAUCCUUGGCAACAGAAAGCUCCUCCUGUUCCCAUGGACACACAUUCACUGUCUGUCUCAAACAUCCCCUUGAGAAUGUGGAACUCCUUGAACCACACCGUCCUUCUGGUGAGUGUCCCCCACCCCAGUCAUUUGGGAGCGAAGUGACAUUUCCAAAUUAGGAAAGUCAUAGCGACAUAGAGCUCAGAAAUAGGCCCUUCGACCCAUCUGUUCUGUGCUGAUUGUGGCAUUCCUCCUCUUUCAGCAGCCUUGCCCUACUAUGUGAAGGUGACAGUGGAUUUGGAAGGGGUCACAUUGUGGGAGGGGUGGCAUGAGAGAAUGUCACGUUGUGGGAGGGGCAGUGAUGAGGGAAGGUCACACUGUGGAAAGGUGGUACCAAGGGAGAGUCAUACUGUGGGAGGGGUAGUGCUGAGGGCCUGGUUACUGCCUGUGUUCCCACCACAUUCGUGGAGGAUCAGGUGGCAUGUGCAAGAGCACCGGACAGUGAUUAAUUCCCGUUAUCCCAGUCCCAUUGAUGGGAGCACAGAGAAUCUGCAGCUGGGAUUACAUUCCCAAGAUGGAACAACAGCAUUUGCUGAGGCUGUAGAGUGAGGUGCAAAGUCCCCCUUCUUCGGAGAGAGAAGAACCCAAUCCCUUGUCUGUUCAAGGCUAUCGAAAUGAAGACAACUCAAGGUCGAGUCUUUUGAAGUGGUUUGAUUUGCAAUUAAUGAUGUCCUUUAAGUUAUUUUCCCUAAUCUUGUAGUAGAUAGAAUUUGGCCUGAAGCCUCAUGAAGUGUGUUCUAACAUUACCCCCUGCCCUCCACCGCAUACCCUGUAGAGGCGCAAUGGCCAUUUCCCGAGUCCCAGUUUGUGUUUCAGUUUGAUGCGGGUGAGAGUGAGACUGUUGUCUCAUGUAUUGGUGGGGGCCACGGUAUCAGUAUGUUUCAGUUUGACGCGGGUGAGAGUGAGACUGCUGUCUCACAUAUUGGUGGGGGCCACGGUAUCAGUGUGCCUGAUUGAGACUGGUAAGCAGCUAUAGAAAUGUACUAGGUUUUACACCAAGGUCCAGUAACCUACCCUUCCAAAAAUGAAUUAUUUCUUGUCAUUUUUUUUUAAAUGUGCUCAUCUGGAUCUGAGGGUUUAAUUUCUGUUCAAAAUUGUUCAUUAAAGAACCUUAUGCUGUGUUUUUUUAUAUAAAAUUGGCUUGCUUAGUUUA